UUAGGUGCCCACUGGGGCUGUUGCGUGCAUCUCUGGAGCGAAACACUGCGCUACCCCCAGUCCAAUCGCAUCCCGCACAUCCCAGGUCAACACCACGGAGGCCGCGCCCGUAAUACUGUGUCUCCCCCUUAAAGUUGCAUAGAAUUGUUCGAGAAGCAGAGUCGCCAAGGAAGAAGAAAACACAUUGUCAGCUUGCAUUCACCGUCUUGACGCGUGCCAGCGCGCUUUCAGCUCAGGUCAACACCCGCGGGGCCGCUGAGACAUACUAGCCAUGGAGCCAGAAUACUCGAGUCAGGAACCGGCGCAGCAGCCCUACGUCGCUGCCACAGAAGUGCAGCAAGUGCAGCCUGAGCAGCUGCCGCCCCAGCAACUGCAACCCGAGCCAAUGCAGCCCGAGCAGGUGCCUGUCGAAGCGGAACAGGAAGCGCAGAAGCACAUGGACCAGACCAUGGACGUCGCCGACGACAGCAUGAGCUCGACCAUUACCGCCUCGACUGUCACACCGCUACCAGACCUCAGCCAAAACACGAGCCUUAAUAACAGUCCCAACCCCUACGAGCAGCCUCACCGACCGUCAACAUCCUACUCAGACACCGCGUACCAGUACACGACACACAACGGGACGCGCUUCAACACAUCAUCAGACGCCGACACACCUCCACGGCACGGCUACUACGAUGCCAACAAAGAAACACACAUGGGCCAGUCGCAUUCGCGGCCCAGCUCACAGAUGGGACGCUAUCCGACUUCCGAGGGCAACACGCGGUCAAACUCAUAUCAAGACCAGCGAGGGAGCGCCCAACAGCAACAACAGGAGGCUGCCAAAAAUGCCAGCGUCGUCAUCAAGGUCGGCAUGGUCGGAGACGCGCAGAUCGGAAAGACCAGUCUAAUGGUCAAGUACGUCGAGGGCAGCUGGGACGAAGACUACAUCCAAACGCUCGGUGUCAACUUCAUGGAAAAGACCAUCUCCAUUCGGAACACGGAGAUCACCUUCUCCAUCUGGGAUUUGGGUGGUCAACGUGAAUUCGUCAACAUGUUGCCCUUGGUCUGCAACGAUGCUGUUGCAAUACUCUUCAUGUUCGACCUGACACGAAAAAGCACAUUGAACUCCAUCAAGGAGUGGUACAGACAGGGACGCGGCUUCAACAAGACUGCCAUCCCAUUCUUGGUCGGCACAAAAUACGACCACUUUGUCAACUUCCCGCGCGAAGAGCAGGAGGAGAUAUCUAAUCAAGCUAAGCGAUUUGCGCGAGCAAUGAAGGCUAGUCUAAUCUUCAGCUCGACCAGCCAUAGCAUCAACGUGCAGAAGAUCUUCAAGAUCGUGCUAUCCAAAGCCUUUGACCUGAAAUGCACCAUCCCCGAGAUAGAAAAUAUCGGCGAACCCUUACUCCUCUACCAGGCCGUUUAGUCGCCGGCAGACCGUAGAGUCAGGCCCAGGACAGAGGGAACACGUAUGAACCUGUUCGAGGGGCAGAUUGGGCGCGUCUUCUACCGGACCGUUACCAUGAGCGAAUGAUUUUCAUGACUGUUUUGCGUGGGAUUGCAUGGCUCGGCGAUUGGAGCAAGGUGCUAGAUACAUGGUUGGUACAAAACCGGCGUUCUUCUGCUUGUAUAUGCGGAAGUGAUUGUAUGAUUCGAGCAGCAAGGCCUCGGCCGGGGCACGGAGUCUAGCGCCAGGACGCGCAAGAUUUGUAGCUUCACAGCAAACAUCCUAGUGUAAUACCGACUUGUCAGAAUCG